CACGCAUAAACCACAACCUGCACGCACUCCUCCAGAGAAGAGGAGGAAAAGAGGAGAGGAAAAAUCGUCCGCGUGGUGGGGAGCGUGUUUUCAUACGCAUGCACGUGGUGGUGGUGAAUAAACGGGAUUUACCAAAAGGGAGCUCGAGCGAAAAGAAAGGGGAGCAAGGCGGAGAGAAAAAGGGAGAGGAGUUUAAAUAAAAUGAUCAUUGAAUAAAUAAUAAUAAUAGACCUGCACAGAAAUACGCACGCACACGCAAAACCCUUUAAUACGGGAGCGUGAGGAUUUUUUCCCAUUUUUUUCUCUCUGCGCGAGCGCGUCGCAGCCGGUUCAACACGCUCGGGAAUUCAAGACCUGGACGGAAACAGACCUGGAGACUGAGAGUGGGGUCCUGUUUUCUUUCUUCAUCUUUAUUUAUUUUUAUUAUUGUUUUUAAUUCUUAGUGCGGCGACUAUAAACACAGGAAAGGACUCCGGAAAAACCUUGGCGCGCGCGUGUGUGUGUGUGUCAUCAUGAAAACACGUUUCUACAGGGAAAGUUUUCCGUCACCUGCCGACCGAGUCUCCUGCUCUGGUGACUCCUCGGAUCGUAUCUGAACUGCUUUGACUCCUGGGGAGCUGAAGUGUGAGGAUGAAGAGGAGGCAGAAGCGCGUGUUGCAGAUGGUGUUUGUAGGCACGCUGGCUCUCAUUUUCCUGCCCAACGUGGGCCUGUGGUCGCUGUACAGGGAGAAACACCUGAUAAAGGCUCACGACGCGGACGAGCAGGGAUUUUCGCUCGGACUGAGUGAGGGACACGUUUACAGCUGGACAGACGGCUUGAGAAGAAGAGACUGGCAUGAUAACGAGAGCAUCAGGAGAGACGAGAUGCGUGUCGGGAAAGGAGAGCAGGGGAAGCCGUAUCCGCUUGCAGAGGACGAGUGUGACGACUCGGUGUACAAAGAGAACGGCUUUAACAUCUACGUGAGCAACAACAUCGCACUGGAUCGCUCACUGCCGGACAUCAGACACCCCAACUGUAAACAGAAGCUGUACCUGGAGAAUCUCCCCAACACCAGCAUCAUUAUUCCGUUCCAUAACGAGGGCUGGAGUUCUCUCCUGCGCACUAUCCACAGCAUCGUUAACAGAACUCCCGAUCACCUGAUUGCUGAGAUUGUUCUGGUGGAUGACUACAGCGAUCGAGAGCACCUGGGCAUUCGCCUGGAACAGUACAUGUCCAGAUUUCCGAAGGUGCGGAUAGUGCGCACUAAGAAGCGCGAGGGUUUGAUUCGCACUCGCCUCCUGGGAGCGUCCGUGGCUAAAGGAGAAGUCCUCACCUUCUUAGACUCGCACUGUGAGGCCAACAUCAACUGGCUGCCUCCUCUGCUUGACCAGAUAGCUCAGAACUCCAAGACCAUUGUGUGCCCCAUGAUUGACGUCAUUGACCACAACCACUUUGGAUACGAGGCCCAGGCUGGGGAUGCUAUGCGAGGAGCUUUUGAUUGGGAGAUGUACUACAAACGCAUUCCUAUUCCUUCCGAGCUCCAGGGACCCGACCCUAGCGACCCCUACGAGUCUCCAGUGAUGGCCGGAGGUCUGUUCGCUGUGAACCGUCAGUGGUUCUGGGAGCUGGGAGGCUAUGAUACGGGCCUAGAGAUCUGGGGAGGAGAGCAGUAUGAGAUUUCCUUCAAGGUGUGGAUGUGUGGAGGCAGUAUGUAUGACGUACCCUGCUCCAGAGUGGGCCACAUCUACAGGAAGUACGUGCCCUACAAAGUGCCCUCAGGAACGAGCCUGGCCCGAAAUCUAAAGCGAGUCGCAGAGACAUGGAUGGAUGAGUACACAGAAUACAUCUACCAGCGGCGGCCAGAAUACCGCCACCUGUCCACGGGAGACCUGACCGCUCAGAAGGAGCUGCGCAAGCACCUCAAGUGUAAAGACUUCAAAUGGUACAUGAACACGGUGGCGUGGGACCUGCCCAAGUACUACCCUCCUGUAGAGCCGUUGCCCGCUGCCUGGGGAGAGAUCCGCAACGCAGCAUCGGGACUGUGUAUUGACACCAAACAUGGUUCAACAGGAACAGAGCUCCGUCUGGACAGCUGCCUGAAAGAGGGAGCCGAGAGAACCUGGGCACACGAACAGAUCUUUACCUUUGGCUGGAGGGAGGACAUCAGGCCCGGGGACCCUCUGCACACCAGGAAGUUGUGUUUCGAUGCCAUCUCUCAGAGCAGCCCUGCCACUCUGUAUGACUGCCAUGGCAUGAGGGGCAACCAGCACUGGAGCUACCGCAGGGAUAAGUCUCUUUACCACCCAGUGAGCAGCGGAUGCAUGGACUGCAGCCCCACCGAUAAGCGGAUUUUCAUGAACAAGUGCGAUCCCGAGUCGUCGACGCAGCAGUGGCUCUUCCAGAGAGUCAACCUCACCAUCCUGGACAAAUUCAACAGCGCCACCACUUCCUAGGACGCUUUGGAAAAACGCAGCCAGCCAGUGGACUGGCUCCCAGAAUCCUUAGCGAGGGGGGUAGAUUUACUUAGUGUCUGAGUGUGGCUCCCCCCUACUUCCUCACCCCUCAUCCUCCCAAAAUGCCCACUAGUGCAGGAGCAGAAGAGGAAGGGGCGGCUCAUGGGCAGGGGCAUGAAGAUGGGGCAGAACCUGAAAGACUCAUGGGACCCUCAGAUGGCUAGCAGGUCAAGGAGAACCUGUUCUUCUCUCUCGUUCUCGUUCUCUUUCUCUUUUUCAGCUCGGCCCCCAGUUCUUUCUAACACACUGAUCAGCAGUGCUCUGUUUAAAUAUCGUUUCCUCCUCACCCUAUCGAUAUCGCAUGGUGGAUUUGUACCGUACCGGGAAAAUAAACCCGGAAGUGACGUUUUAGCAUCUCUGUGUGGGUCUGAGGAGGUUUGUUUGGACUGUGUAUUUAUUUCUAUUUAUUUGUUCGUUUUUUUGUUUUUUGUUUUUUGGGGGGGGGGGGGUUGGCCAUGAUAAGCUAUUAUAUGUGUAACUGACUUUGUUUUACCUUCGACCAAGGGUAAGAAAUGAAAUCGGAUUUGCCCCACAGAGCUGGAGAUGACAGGAUUCAAUGUUUUUCCUUUUUUUUUUCACUAAGAAUCAUGCCCCUUUCCUGCCCCAGUUCCUAUCAUCUCAAUUCUAAAUAAAGUACAAAAAAUCAGUACAAAUGUGAGUAGAUACAGACUCCUUUCCUCCAUGUUCUCGUUAUUAUACAGAGAAACUGUAUGAAAUGGUUCGUUUUUUCUCUCUAUAGGUUUUUUUUUUACAUUAAACAACACAUAGAUAUCACAAUUAAUC